AUGGCUGUGGACGUGGAUCGGGUGAUUUCCUCCCUCACCUUGGCGGGCAGCGCUCUUUCGUGCUUGGCGACGACUUUUGUUCUGAUUUCGUUCAUUAUAUAUCGUCGGCAUUUGCGGAGCUUUCGGCACGUUCUCGUGUUGAACUUGGUGGUAGCAGAGUUCAUCAACACCUUGAACAAUUCCGUGUCGGGCAUCAUCUUUCUCAAGACUGGUGAACUACAGCCCGGUACACCAUGCGUCGUGAACGGUAUGGUGGGUCAGUUUUCAGUCCAAGCAGCCGACUUUUCAAUCCUCGCCAUCGCCCUUGUUACCCUUCUCACGGUAACACGCUUCGUGUACAUGCCAGGCGUCUCGACGAAAGGAUGGAUCCUGACCUGUCUCUCUGUCUGGACCAUUCCACUCAUCACCAGCCUCACUCCAACAUUCCUUGGUGAGAUGGUGCCAGUCGGCGGCAAUUGGUGUUGGAUCUCUUCAGGUCGGCCUGAUCUUCGCUACGGCAUGGGUCAUGGUUGGCGAUUUUUAGUCAUCUUCUCUACCAUUGCCAUCUACAUCUACAUCUGGGCUUAUCUACGACGGCACUUGGGAUCGAAGCCUGUCAAUCAACGGUCAUCGUCUUACGACACACCUUCAACUGGAACGACGGGCUCAUUUUGGUCGAAAUGCGGGAGGAAGGGAGGAUUCCAGGUCAUGAAGGAUGAAGAAGUCGAGCUCAGCACUUUUGGAGAUGGAUCGAACACGACAAAUUCGCAGCGAGAUAUCGACGACGACAAGAUACGGAGCAGCAACAAGGAGGAACUGGCCGGCCUGGACUUGGAGGCAGCAGAAGAGUUAGGGUCCAGCUCUACCAGACCGAGAAGAAGGUCGACGCGCCACAUGUCAUCUGCGACCAGAAAGGAAUUGGGGUUGCCAACUCCGGAAAACCCCCACGUCAGGUAUGAUGACGCAUCUCCAGUUGAGAGACAUGGCCAAGGUGCCACGUUGCAGACCAACGCAAGCGAGUUCCCCAUACGACGAGACACUCAUGAAGUCGAAGUCGAGAUCAAGAGGAUGAUGCUUCUCAACGCGUAUCCCUUCAUGUACGUUCUUUUGUGGAUGCCGGGACUCAUCAAUCGCCUCAUGGAGGCUUCGGGACACUCAACCAGCAAGACGACUAUAGCCGCUCUCCAGAUUUCAACGCAAUACAUCGGACUGGCGAACGCACUGACGUAUGGAUUUAAUCAUCACUUGAGGGACAGACUAAAAGGAAUGUAUUUGACGCCGGCGAUUUCACGGAUAAAGAAGAGGUUUGGGAGGUAA